AUGGCUAGUAAGAAUCCUGAUGAUCCAUUUCCAAUUUUUCGAAAGCCAAAAGCAAAAUCUCCAGACGGGGAUGGCCAAAUUUUAGAAACAUCACUUAGCAAUGUUGAAGGUAGAAGCACUAAAAAAUUGCAAGUAGAAACAGAUGGAACUGCAGAAUAUCACGAAUCAGUUGUCCCUUACCUGUUUCUACUUGCAACCUUUUUACUUCUUCUACCUUCAACAAUUGCUCAAUCUUACAAAAAUGUUUGUUGGGGUUCAAUACUUGCGACGAGUGGUGUUACUAUAUUUUGGCCAUCCCCAUCUGAAGAAUUUGCUUUUGGCUUUCGAAAAAUUGGAAAUGGAUCAUCAGGCUUCUUACUAGCCAUUUGGUUCAACAAACUCAAAGAAAAGACCAUAGUUUGGACAGCCAAUAGAGAUAAAAUCGUGCCGGAUGGAUCCAAAAUUGAGCUCUCCAUGGAUGGAAGACUAGUACUCACUGAUCCAAAUGGUCAAGAAAUAUGGGCUCGUGGCAUGGCCAGUGCUGGACCAGCCUAUGGAGCCAUGCUUUACACUGGAAAUUUUAGCUUUGAUGAGCCAACUGAUACGAUUUUGCCUGGCCAAGUACUUAAAGGAAGAACCAGGCCUGUCUCAAGCUUCUCUGACACGAAUGUAUCGAGUGGAAAGUUCGAGCUUGGUGUUAAAGAUGAUGGAAAUCUGGGACUUUACCCAGUUGCAACACGUGAUGAAUACUUGUUAAUCGAGACUGCUGGCAGUGGUUACCAGGUGGUAUUCAAUCAAUCCGGCUUUAUUUUCUUUCAAGCAAAAAAUGGAACUAUGUUAAAUUUGUUAUCCUCUUCCAUUGAGGCAAACUCAACCACAAGUCAAUUAGGAGGGGUUGCUUGUGGUUUCAAGAGCGUUUGCUCGAUAGGAACUGACCGGAGGCCAAGAUGUGAUUGUCCAGUUGGGUAUAUCUUGAAUGAUACAAACGACAAAAUAGGCAACUGCAGGCAGAAUUUCCCUGAGCAAAAUUGUUUGAGUGAUUGUUUUUGUGUUGCUGCUGUUUAUGGUACAGACAACAUUUGUUGGAAGAAAAGUUCAGUUUUCAUCUUAAUGUUGUUGGCCUCUUUGUAUGUUAACUUUAAAGGAAAAAAUACAAAGAAGCUUGUACCAUAUCAAGCUGUUCCAGGACUGAACAUAAGAAGUUUUAGCUACAAUGAGCUAGAAGAAGCUACAAAUGGAUUCGAGGAUGAGUUUGGAACUGGGGCCUUCUCAACAGUUUACAAAGCUGUUCUUAAUGACUAA